AGAACACUGGGAGUUUAAAGACCAGGAGGACGCACCAACCUCUUUGAACAGAGAGGCCUUCCUGGGAAGAUGAAGCCACUCCUGCUCCUGUUGGUCUUUCUUCUGUGCCCAAGGGCAGAGGCAGGGAAAAUCAUUGGGGGCCAUGAAGCCGUGCCUCAUUCUCAUCCCUACAUGGCAUUUCUUUGGAUCAAGACUCCAACUAAAACAAAACGAUGUGGGGGUUUCCUUGUACGUGAGGACUUUGUCAUGACAGCAGCCCACUGCUGGAGAAGGAGCAGAUCCAUCACUGUCAUCCUGGGGGCCCACAACAUCAAAGACAAUGAGAGGACCCAGCAGAUCAUCCCUGUAAAAAAAGCCUUCCCCCACCCAGAUUACAACAGCAACUAUUUCAAUGACAUCAUGUUACUGCAGUUGAAAAAGAAGGCCAAGCUGACUGCUGAGGUGAGCCUCCUCAAGUUACCCUCAGAAAAUUCCCAGGUUACACCAGGGAUGGUGUGCACUCUGGCCGGUUGGGGACACAUUGGCCAAAACAUAUCCACAACAAAACUGCAUGAGGUACAGCUUGAAAUCCAGAAAGACAAGGAAUGUCUCUCUCGUUACACAAAACCAUACAACUCCACCAUCCAGAUUUGUGUGGGGAACCCAAAAGAGAAGAAGAAUUCUUUUCAGGGAGACUCUGGGGGUCCUCUAGUGUGUAAAAACGUGGCCCAGGGCAUUGUGUCCUUUGGGAAAGAGAAAGGGACACCUCCAAGUAUCUACACCAGGAUCUCAAGCUUUCAGCGCUGGAUUGAAAAAACAAUGAAAUCCUUCAAACUCCAGGGACAAGACUGAGAGGCCUCCUGAAUUGAUCUUCAUCUUCUCUUGUACACAGGCCCAAAGUACACUGGGUAGAGGAGUAGAGGGGACACUUCCAGGUGCUUAAUAAACUUUCAUCUCUAGAACAGAA